UCCCGCAAGGUAUAGUGAGAAACUGUUUUCGGCGGCCAUUUUUAUGAAGCAAAGUGUUAUAGCUGGCUAAGACAAAAUGGCGGCUGCUUGAGCCAUAUCGCUACCCGGAAGUAUAAGUAGAAGGGACUUUGUUUCCUUGGUGACCAGUGCAUCUCUUGUGUCGCUAUAGUGGAAGCGGUCUGUGGCUUGAAAAUGUCGGGCACUACUAGGUGUCCGGACUGUGGGUCUUGUGAGAUUGUGGAGGACGCGCACUACUCCCAGGAGCAGCUGGUGUGUGCUGACUGCGGCUUCAUCCUGACCGAGGGGGCGCUGACCACCACACUCACAGAGGAGGGCUUCCAGCAAGCGGUGAAUUUUACAGUGGGCACUGGACAGAACGAGUCAAUCAGUCGCACUAAGCUGCGGGGUAUUGUGCGCGUCAGGAAUCUUUGUAGAGUUCUCCGACUUCCCGACACCUUUGCAGAUACGGCAGUGUCCUAUUAUGAAAGCGCAUUCUACCUCCCACUGUGCCACUCUGCCAGAAAGGAGAAGAAGGAGGCCAUCAUGGGGUGCUGUGUGUACAUCACGUGUAGGCAGCAUGGCUGGCCUCUCACCAUUGCCACCAUCUCUUUGUUGCUCUACUCCAAGUAUGAACUCGUCACCAGUGUGUUCCUGGAACUGGUUCAAGCAUUGAAGGUGGAUGUACCAUCUAUGAGUCUUAAGGCUCUGGCCAAAAGUCACUGCCAAAGUUUUCGGUUAUUCCGGACUUGCCCGUCUGCCCCAGAAGGAUAUGCAGAGGAUCUGGAUAAAGUAUUGGAGCGGACUUUACAAAUUCUGGAGUUAGCCAGUGAGACAUGGCUAGUCACUGGACGUCGCCCCAUUCCCAUAAUAACGGCAGCUGUCUAUCUUUCCUGGCAGUCCCUUAAACCCGCCCAACGACUGUCUUGCACCUUAUCUCGGUUUUGCAAGUUGUCUGAAACAGAAUUGCCUUCUCCAGCGGUAUUGCGAUUAAAAGAACUUAAAGAACGCUGCCUAAAACUGUCCACACAACUACCAUGGCUGAAGAUGCAAACGUUAAAUAACAAAACUGUGGUAUAUCACUUGGGUGACAUCUUAAAACACCAGGCCUAUCUUCUCAGGAAGGCUCUAGAAGCCGUGGAGAUGUCCACCACACAGUCUGAGGAAGGCAGCUCUUUGGCUCAACAGCCUGCUGGUGCUGCUUUCCUUCCUCCGUGCGUGACCAAGCCAAGAAAAAGACCAUAUACCACAGCUUUUCCUGAUAAGCUGCAAAACAUUACUGGGGAUGAGGACAUUUCAGACAGUGAGAUAGAGCAGUACUUGAGGACACCAGAUGAGGUGGCUUGCUUCCAGCAGCUGCAGGCUCAGCUUGAUGCGCGUCAGUGAAUAGUUAUCGUAAAGACUUGUUAUGAUCUGUACAUCUUAUUAAAUCUGUGUAUGCUUGUU